AUCGCCCAAUUCCAUUUCGAAUUCUAGGGUUUUGUUGGCCUCCCGACCCAUCCUGGUGUUUUCCCCUCCUCCUCCGGUCGCGUCGCCGCCUUUCCCCUAUGGCGCUGCCGAAUCAGGGGACCGUGGAUUACCCCAGCUUCAAGCUGGUCAUCGUCGGCGACGGCGGGACUGGUAAAACCACAUUUGUGAAGAGGCAUCUCACUGGAGAGUUCGAAAAGAAAUAUGAACCAACCAUUGGUGUCGAAGUUCAUCCCUUAGAUUUUACCACCAACUGUGGUAAGAUCCGUUUCUACUGCUGGGACACUGCUGGACAAGAGAAGUUUGGUGGCCUUAGGGAUGGAUACUACAUCCACGGUCAGUGCGCUAUAAUUAUGUUUGAUGUCACUUCAAGGCUGACCUACAAGAAUGUUCCGACAUGGCAUAGGGACUUGUGCAGGGUCUGUGAAAAUAUCCCAAUUGUCCUGUGUGGUAACAAGGUUGAUGUGAAGAACAGGCAGGUUAAAGCUAAGCAGGUCACAUUCCACAGGAAGAAGAAUCUGCAGUACUACGAAAUUUCUGCCAAGAGCAAUUACAACUUUGAGAAGCCCUUCCUUUAUCUUGCAAGGAAGCUUGCUGGUGAUCCGAACCUGCAUUUCGUUGAGGCCGUUGCUCUUAAACCUCCGGAAGUUCCCAUCGACUUGGCAAUGCAGCAACAGCACGAGGCCGAGCUUGCGGCUGCAGCAGCACAACCACUCCCAGAUGACGAUGACGAUCUGAUCGAGUAGAGAGGAUCAUGAGUCUAUCGUGCUUCAGCCGGAGUCCCUUCAUAAGAGUCUGAUUUAGGGCCAAUGCAUGCUAGAGUUAGCUUGUCUGUGGAAUGUGGAUGUUUCCUGCCUAUCUGAUGGGUUGAAACUUUUGAUGUGUGGUGUUACAUGUUGCCAUGAAUUUGUUGGCUCUCUUUACACACUGCUGUGUUACUUCCAUGGUUAUGCUAAACUAUUUGUAUUACCAAGCUGGUGUUUAUUUAUCCGGUGUUUGCACAAUGGCACAAAGUUCUUUGGCGCUGUA